CCUCCUCCCUGGGUGACUCAGCCACUGAGGGAGAAGCCGCAGAACUAUUCAUUAAUACAGUCAAGUAGAGGUGGAAAGGACACUCAUUUAACUCCGGGUACACAUUAGUUUUAGUAGUAUCCACCUGGGGAAUCGCUGCAGACAGUUUAGACAAAAGGUCCUGGUUUUUGCCUCAAGAGAGAUCCUUACUGGAAGCCAGCAUGUCCAAUUUUACCUCGCGAAAAAUUUCUUCCACAGGAAAUGAUAUGAAGAAUACCUCUCAGGGGACAACAUUGAGGCAACAGGGUUUUCAUGACGUGAACAAAAGAAGGACUUUCUUACAGGACAACAGCUGGAUAAAGAAACGUCCGGAAGAAGAGAAAGAUGAAAAUUAUGGUAGGGUGGUGCUCAACCGACAUAACUCCCAUGAUGCUUUGGACAGGAAAGCAAAUGAGAGAGAUGAGCCAAAAGCUACGAUUAGUCGGUACAGAUCUGAUAACACUUUAGACAGGAUCUCAGACAGAAAUGAUGCCACUAAAACAUAUAAGGCCAAUACCUUGGAUAACCGACUAACCAAUAGAAACAUGUCCACGUUUAGAUCACCAGAAGCAGCAAAGACGCAACCUAGAGUUUCGUUCAGUGCCAACACUGCCAGCACCCCGGCUCCCACCGCUGUGACAACUCCAGUAAAGAAAAAGAGACAGUCCUGGUUUCCGCCUCCUCCUCCAGGUUACAGUUCCACCCCAAGCACGGGAACAACCAGAAGGGAACCAACUGUUCACCCUCCAAUACCUCCAAAGCCCAGUUCUCCUGUUUCAUCUCCUAACCAGCUGAGACAGGAGAAUAGGCAAAUAUGUCCACCUAAACCAGGUGUAAAUACAGAAACCAACAGAUCUGCUGAAAGAAAUAUAAGGGGUCAGGAUCUCGAGAACAUCAUCAAAGUGGCCACUUCACUUCAGAAAACUAACAAGGGUGAAGAACUGGAUAAUCUCAUCAAAAUGAACAAAAGCUUGAAUAGAAAUCAAGGUCUUGAUGGUCUCUUCAGAGCAAAUCCUAAGGCAGAGCAAACAGAGAAAAGAGCCAAAAGCCUUGAAAAUCUCAUUUUUAUGAAUACUCGAACAGACAAAGACAGCAAAGGAAACCAAGGCCUUGGAAGUCUUAUUAAAGUUAAUCAAAGGAUGGACAAAAAUGAGGAAGGAAGCCAAGAUCUUGAAACGAUUAUCAAAGUGAACGUCAGGACAGAUAAAACUAGGAGAGGGAAACAAGACCUUGAUGGAUUUAUUAAAGUGAAUCCUGAAGCAAAUAAAAAUAUCAAGAGGGGCCAGAGCCUUGACAAUCUCAUCAAAGUGACUCCUGAAGUAAACAGCAGUAACACAGGUUCCAAAAAUCUUGAUAACCUCAUCAAGGUGGUUCCAAGAACAGGAAAAAGUAUGCAAGGGGGCCAAAGUCUUGACAGCCUUAUCAGAGUGUCUCCUGAAACAAACAGAAUUAACCAAAGCAGGAAAGAAGGUCUUGACGAACUUAACAAUGUAAGCCCCAAAGCUGUCAAAAACAUGGCUGGAAAUCAAGAUCUUGAUAAGCUCAUCAGAGUGAAUCCUGAAACUCUCACCAACAACCGGAGAAACCAGGAUCUGGAUAACCUCAUCAAAGUGAAUCCUGCAGUGACCAGAAGUAGUCAGAGUGAAGGCUUGGACAAUAUCAUUAAAGUGAAAUCUUCAGCUCUCAGAAACCCUGAGCGAGACCAAGACCUGAAAAAUGUAAUUGAAGUAAAUUCUAAUGUGCCUAAAAACAAAAAUGGAAGGCUAGAUGGCCAAGUCAAUGGAUCCACGGAUGCUUUGAACAACCAGCUCACUGGCACUCCUGCCCAUUCGUAUGAAGCCAGGAAGAAUCUCAGCUUCAAUGCCGAAACCAGGCAUGCAGGACCAAAGGAUACCUUUGUGUAUACAAGGACAUAUGUGGAGAACAGUAAAUCACUGAAGGAUGGAUAUCAGGAGAACAUCUCUGGAAAAUACAUACAAACUGUUUAUUCAACUUCAGACAGGUCUAUCAUUGAAAGAGAUAUGUGUACUUAUUGCCGGAAACCUUUGGGCACAGAAACAAAAAUGAUUUUAGAUGAAUUACAAAUUUGCUGCCAUUCCACUUGCUUCAAGUGUGAAAUAUGUCAACAGCCUUUGGAAAACCUACAAGCAGGUGACAGUAUUUGGAUUUAUAGACGGACAAUACACUGUGAACCUUGCUACUCUAAAGUUAUGGGUGCACUCCACAGGCAUUGCCUUUUUUAUACAAAGUGGAUUCAAUAAUUCUGGCACAUGGAAAUCAAGAGAAAAGCGUACAUUAAGAAGUUACACUUUUAUUUUAAGAAUAUGUCAUCUAGAAAAGCAUUUACACUGAAGAUUGACUCUUGUGUCUAACAAUUCUGCUAUUGCACAAAUAAUCUAAUUGCCUUCAAUAAGGUCAUGUACAAAAAGCAAACCAUCUGGUGUCUGGCUAGAUUUAGCCAUGAAAAAUUCAAGAGGUUCCAGCUACCAAUGUCCAAGGAAUGAUCGUUCUGAGGGCAGUGAGCUGUGUCAACCCUAACUAGGUCCAUGUCUGUCCCCUAUGUGUGUGUGGACAUUGUGGUUGCCGUUAUA